GUGUACUUCCACUAUUAAAUUUUUUUUUUCCCACCCAGAAACAGAUUCAGCCGCCGAAGUUAAAUGCAUUCAAGGCCUUCAUACUUGAAGUUUAAGGGAAAAAAUUCUUCCCCCAUCAAAUUUUACUUAAAGGAGUGAAAAAUAGCUUUUUUCAGGUUUUCCCCAUAAGAGCCGUGUAAAACGUUACAACCAGAUGUAUUUUAACCUCAAAACAAAUGUGUAGGUAUCUCGUUUUUGCUGGCGUGCCGUCCGAAUUGAGCAAUCGCUCCAAUAUUUCUACAACUUUCCUUCUUUGUCGCCCUUUUCUAGUCAAUGGUAAUAAUUUUCGGUGCAUGUGGGAAAGAUCAUAGCUCGUAAGUGUAUUGUGUCAACGCCGUGAAAGCUCAUUUCCUCAAUUUUCAUUCCCAAGAAUUCAGUGCAAGUUGUCGAGUGACAAAGUGUUUCAGUCGUUAUCAAACAUUCAAGUUUGAUAAUUUGCUGAGUAGUGCGAGUACGUGUGUCUCAGGGCAUGGAUCCCCGUUGGUUCUAGCAGUGGCACUGCAAUUUAAGUGCGUGGACAUUUUGCAACUUUUGUGGAGUAGUUUGGUGCUCCAAUUUUAAUCAUGGAAAUCUCUAAACCCCCCGUUUCCCUUCUCUUGGAAUUUUCUCACCUGACGUACACCCCGACAAGCAGAGGAAGUGGUAAAGCCCCAAUUCUAGAUGACUGCUGCGGAAGGUUCAAGCCGGGACGCCUCACCGCCAUUUUCGGUCCCUCCGGUGCCGGGAAAACCUCUCUUCUUCACAUAAUAUCCGGAUUCAAGAGGUUUGGCGUUCAGGGGUUCAUAACGGUAAACGGAAAGCCAAGGAAUCUGGCCGAGUUCAGCAAGCUGUCAUGCUACAUCACGCAGGAGUUCGCCAUGCUGCCCGUCUUUACCGUCCGAGAAACUUUGGACAUCGCAGCCCAACUCAAACUCAGCGAGAAAAAAACCAUAGAGCAACGAGCGCAAGUUAUUGAAAACAUCGCCAAACUUCUGGGACUUUACGGAACCCUGGAAACUAAAGUGGGCAACAUCUCAGGAGGCGAGAAGAAACGAUUGUCCAUUGCUGUGGAGCUUCUGACCAAUCCACCCGUCAUGUUUUUCGAUGAGCCCACAAGUGGUUUGGACAGUGUGGCUUCAUAUCAGUUGAUCCAGCAUUUGAAAUCUCUCGCAGAGAAAGGACGAACAGUGGUGGUGGUGUUGCAUCAACCGAACUCCAAACUUCUGGAAUGCAUCGAUGACGUCAUGAUUGUAACGGAAGGGAAGGUUCUUUACAAUGGUCCUCUAAACAGCCUUGUCGAAACAUUUAAAGAAGUUGGUGCAGAAUGUCCCCAGUAUUACAACCGUGCUGAUUUCGCCCUCGAAGUUGCAUGCAGAGAAAGAGGUGAUUUUGUUGAUGCCCUUGUUGCUCUAAACAAAGCCCGUUUCGAACAAGAAAUAGAUGAAAGUUCUCUUGAUAAAUUGUCACCUAUUGGCAACAAACAGGCUGUCUAUUACAAAAAUGAGAAAAAAGAGGCAAACGGGACAGCUAAAGAAGAAGAGAAGAGAUUGACAGAAGAAGAUGUCCAAAUUGAAUUGAAAACAAAUGGAGUCAAAUCAAGUGGGGAAGAAAGUGUUGAGGUCGUAUCACAUGGAAAAAUUAGACGAUAUCCUGUAUCCUUUUGUAAUCAACUCUCAAUUCUAUUCCGGAGAUCUCUUGCAUCUACACUCAGAGACCCUAAAUUGGCUGCAUUCCGAAUCAUAGUCCACAUAGUAGUUGGUUUCUUUUUGGGAAUUGCCUUCAAAGAUUUUGGAAAUGAUGCCAGCAAACUCUCAGCAAAUUUCUCAUGCGUAUUUUUCUCUGUGAUCUUCACAUUUUAUGGAACUGCCAUGCACACGGUUCUCAUCUAUCCUCUGGAGGCAUCUGUUUUCAUUCGAGAGCAUUUCAACAACUGGUAUUCAGUUCCUGUCUACUACAUUGCUAAAUGCCUUGCUGAUCUACCUCUUCAGAUAUUUUGUCCCACCAUUUUCCUCACCAUUGCAUACUGGCUAACAGGUCAGCCGCAAGAACUUGAUCGAUUUCUCAUGUUUUGGGCUGUGAAUAUUGUUUUAAACUGCCUCGCUGAAAACAUCGGUGCUGUGGCAGGGACCAUCUUUGAUCCUCAGCUGGCCCUGUUUAUAACUUGCACCAUUACUAUGCCAAUGUUCCUGAUAUCUGGUUUCUUCAUCCACUUGGCUGACUUGGCUCCAUACUUGCAAUGGCUCUCCUACCUCAGUAUAUUCCGUUAUGGGCUGGAGGCUGUGACGCUCUCAUUAUAUGGCUAUGGGCGAAAGUCCCUCGAUUGUAGCGAAAUGUUCUGUUAUUACCGAACUCCGAAGAAAUUUUUGGAAGAGAUUGGUAUGGAUAAGGGUAGUUAUUGGUUGGAUCUUGGCGUGCUUACUGCGCUGCUAAUCUUCGCUAAAAUUGGUCUAUACUUUGUCUUGAAAUGGCGUGUCAAAACAGCUAAACUUGCAACCUUACAGUAAUCAAGGUCAUUAUUUACAACUGAAGUGUGGUGAAAAAUGACAAGACUUUUGUGUUUUAACUCUUUUUGAUUUUUGUACUUGAUCCGUACGUUUUGAGAAUUGGCCAAGGAAUGAUCAACUAUGUGCCAUUUCCUUUCUAUUGAAUUGCAAUGUAUUAGUUUACUAAUGAAAGUAACUGUUGAAGUGAGCGACUGUUUGGUACCCUCGUAAUCCAUGUGGAUUAACUGAAAACUUGCUAUAUUUUGCAAUCGUUAAUUUGGAAUGAACAGAGAAAUGUUUGCUAUUUAUGUAGAACCAACGUUUUACUAUUUUUUUGAUAGUUAUUAAACAUAACUGAACCCACUAAUUUUGCUCAGGAUUCAAUCUACUUAGAACAGUUUUAUUAUAAGGGAAGCUGUUCUCAUUUUCGUGUCAAUUCUCAGAUGUGCUUGAAGAACGUAUUUCAAAAUGCAGGUAUCAUUAUUUUGUGUAAUGCUGUCUAUUUCAACAAAGUUGUAUCCAUUCUACUGUGCUUUUUUUCGUAUUCCCUGUAUCUUUGCAAAAAUAAUGUCCACUUUUAAAAUGGAAUUCUUUUCUAAAGCAAGCAAAAAGUCAGCUAUACAUUUAAGACCUUUUGCAUUGUUCUAUUCUUUUAAAUAUUGCCAAUCAAAACGUUUUAGCCCUCAUGUUGCUUUUUGAAUGGAAGCACUGCCUGUACAAUUAUUCUAAAUGUAACUGAAUAUUUAUUUGGUACAAAACUACUCCUUGUGAAACUUGUACUUAUCCAGGAUUGAAAAUUAUCAUAAAUGGUUCAGAAUUGGUCAUAUUAUCGAAGAAGUUAGAAAGAGAAGAACUUAGGGGUGUGCGAUUUUAUUUUUUUCUGCUUCUAAAGGAGAAAUUUUGUACAAUUUAUUUGAUUUUUGUUUUCUAAGCUUUCUUUCUUACUUUCAUCUGCUGAUGAACUUUUUAUUUACUUUCAAAAAGAUGGAAAUUAUUUUGUUACCAUUUAUGAUGAGACAAUCAAAACAAAAACGCGCUAAGUUGUAAUUUUUUACAGAGGGACUUUGCCACUCUUUAGUUGAUCUUCUGAGUAGUCAGAUAUUUUUAAUAAUUUCCUUUCCCUUUAAAAUAUAUAUUUUUUUUUCCAUGAAAAAUGUGCUUGUGCUCUUUUAGGAGUAUAUGUAAUCUUUGCAGCAGUCGUAAUCAGUUUUGGCUACUCAUUUUAAGUGUCUGGUCAACCAUGAAAGCCUUUUUUCCCCUCUAGUUAUUUAAUGAAGGCAGUUCAAGAAAAAAAAAACCCUCACUGUAUAUCUUACAAUUUAGAAUGUACCUCUUUGUGCAGAACAAAAUUGUUUUACAAUCUAUGAGCCACCUGAUUUCUUAGCUGAUGUCAUUCCCUCAGUUAGAUUAUUUUUAAUAAUUAGUUUUGAAAAAAAGGGGGAAAAGAAAACUGAGAAUUUCAAUAAAAAGAGCUCCAACAAAUUGGUACCAUAGAUUUUCCGCUUCUUUAAACUUGACUAAAAAUAUGUUGGUGCUAAAGUCUUCAAACUUUGGGUAUUCAACAGAUUUUGUGUUGGAAUCAGGCUUGCCAAACAUUAAGACUCUCUAGUAAAAUUUUCUUGUUCCCCAGAAAGAAUUCAUUUUCGAAUUUUGGGAAAUUAUGUCAAUGCUGUCAACUCCUGCUAAGUGAGAAUGCAUCGGAGCCGGGGCUCCAUUCUCACUUGGCGAGGUUUCUCACUUAAACGAAUCAUUUUCUAAUGGGCGAAGAAACGGGACCGGCAGAUCUUUCUCACUUAGCGGGAGUUGACUGUUUAUCUCAUUUAAUUUUUGAGGUCUUAAAAGUAAAAUAUUCUUCAUGGCUUAAUGAAUGUAAUCAUUUUAUCGAAGGCUAACUGUUGUAUUUUGUGCGUAUUUGUCUUGUCUCAUUGGUCUUGUGUUGUUAUUUUUGUUCCUAAAUUUUUAAAAAGAAUUGUUAUUAAUCAAAAUCGUUUGAGCAUCUGAGCCUCCUCCCUCUUUGAUUGCAUUUUUAAUACUCAGAAUAGUGUUAUUUCCAAAAGCAUGCUGAAUAUUUUUAGAAAAAAUAAUAAAAUUGGUGAAUCUAUCUUUGGAAUUCCAUCAAUUUUUUAGAACAUAGUGGGCCAUUAGAGAAGGUUCAACUAGAAAAAUGACGUCACAUCCUUUCUCUUCAAAACCUUACAUAGAAAACGAUUCUUACAACAGGAAGUUCAGGAGCCAACUCCUGGACGAGCUAUCAACAAGUAUUUUUAACACAAAUCAAAAGAAAGGAAGAUCAUACAAAUGAUGUGAUCUGUGUUUUCGUCAUUCCAGUCAAUGUUCAUUUUAAACACUUUUAUCUUGUUUAGGAGUUGAGUUCUAGACUUCCAGCUGUGUGACUUGUUUUUCUUGCAAAAUUUUGAAGAGAAGACAAUGAAGACUUACUGCGUAGUGCUUUAAUUUGUGCCUUGUCCAGAGAUCCACUUCAUUGAUAAUAGCUAUAACAUAGUUCUAAGACUUUCUCAACUACCAGUAUUCUCAGAUUGAUGCGUAGUCUGUGCUCUGGAAAUAUUUUGCGCGCUCUUGGAGUGGUCAUUUUAAUUCCUGACAAUGUUCGGAGAAUAUUUAAGGUUUUUAUUAUCAUAUUUGUGGAAUGUAUUCAGUAUGCUGGUUUUAACAAGGUGUAGGCAAUAUCAAGAACUCAAAGUGAUGAAGAGAUGCUUCGAUGCAAAAAGGAA